AUGCUUUUGAGAAGAAUUUGGAUAAUAUAGAUUAUCCUGUUAAUUUCUGUUUUAUUUAUUUUAGGUACAACAGCAAGUAGCAGCACUCAAGAAGUAAAUAAUUAGCAAACGCAAUUACCUGGAUCAUAGCUAAAAGCUUUAAUAGUAUUUACUAGACACGGAGCAAGAACACCUGCAAAUGAGGAUUACUAUAAAGAAGAGUGGGAUGGCUUGAAGAAGGGAGAUUUGACAGAGAGAGGCAUUAGAUAAUUACAAAAUUUAGGCUAAUCAUUUAGAAAAUUAUACCCUAAUUUUUUCAAGAGCGAGUGGGAUCCAUAAUUUUAAAAGGUUAAGUAUGCCUUAUUUUUGCAGCGUACUAUGCUCUCUAUGCUUUCAUUUUUCCAUGGACUUUUCCCUGAUUUAUAUAACAAUAAAUCACUGCUUACUCAUAAAGAAUUAUAUGAACCUAACAAAGAACUUGGAAUAGAUAUUGGAUAUCCUAAAAAUCCAAGAGAUUUGAUUUUCAGAGCUAUCUCUCGUGUAAAUUGCAAAUUAGGCGAUGAUCUUUUGAGAUAAUACAGCAACGGAAAAAAAUUCAUGGCAAUAUAAAACAGAUUUUUAGAUGAUCCUUUAAUGGUUUCCAUCAAGUAAAAGCUUUUAGACUACAGAGGAAAUCCUAAUGAAGAUUUAGAAUUUAAAGAUAUGUAUCAUGUAAAGGAGAUAUAUGAUUCAUUUUUAUGCAAUAAAAAUGGAGGUAAAAAAAUACCAAAUUUCGAUGAAAAAGAAUUAGAAUUUUUGAAGUAAUUGUAUGAAAUGUUUUUCUUCAGAUUUUAUGGAGUUAGAAAGCACAGAUUGAUUUUUAACUCUGCAUAUUAUAGAGAAGUAUUAAAUUUUGUUGAAGAUCUCAGAUUUGGUCGCACACCAAAUAAAUUUUUCUUUUUCUCUGGCACCAAAACAAAUAUUGCUAUUAUUUUAAGUUCCUUAUUAAGUAAAGGUCAAAUCAUAAAUCUUGGAGAUAACAAGAUUGCCCAUCUUUCAACUACAUUUGUAAUUGAAGUUUACUAGAAGCAAAAUGAUGGAAGUAUUUAAUUAACCGAAGGAACUGUUGAAAAUCCAAUCCCCAAAGAAUAGCUUUAUGUAUCAAUUAAAUACGCAAAUAGUCCAUUACCCUUAAAAUAAUGCAAAGAAAGAAUAAGAUGCACAUACAAGGAGUUUAUAAUUCUCCUAAAGACUAGAAUAAUUAAAAACCUUGAACAGGUUUGUGAUAACUCUUUUUAUCCAUUUAAAUAGCAAAAAAGUUGA